AUGUCGGAUGUGGAGAGGUUUCAAGUCAUCGGGUCGGAUAUACUUGGAAAGCAGACAUGGGCAGUUCAUAUUUUUGUUCAUGAGGAAAAAUCAAAGGCUAUCAACCCCACACACCAAUAUCAGCCUAUCAACCCCAGACACCAAUAUCAGAAUAUUAACCCCAAACUCCAAUAUCAGCCUAUCAACCCCAGACACCAAUAUCAGCCUAUCAACCUCAAACACCAAUAUCAGAAUAUCAACCCCAGACACCAAUAUCAGCUUAUCAACCCCAGACACCAAUAUCAGCCUAUCAACCCCAUACACCAAUAUCAGCCUAUCAACCCCACACACCAGUAUCAGAAUAUCAACACCAGACAUCAAUAUCAGCUUAUCAACCCCAGACACCAAUAUCAGCCUAUCAACCCCAGACACCAAUAUCAGAAUAUCAACCCCAAACACCUAUACCAGCCUAUCAACCCCACACACCAAUAUCAGAAUAUCAACCCCAUACACCAAUAUCAGCCUAUCAACCCCACACACCAGUAUCAGAAUAUCAACACCAGACAUCAAUAUCAGCUUAUCAACCCCAGACACCAAUAUCAGCCUAUCAACCCCAGACACCAAUAUCAGAAUAUCAACCCCAGACACCUAUACCAGCCUAUCAACCCCAGACACCAAUAUCAGCCUAUCAACCCCACACACCAAUAUCAGCGUUUCAACUCCACACACCAAUAUCAGCCUAUCAAACCUAGACACCAAUAUCAGAAUAUCAACCCCAGACACCAAUAUCAGAAUAUCAACCCCAGACACCAAUAUCAGAAUAUCAACACCAGACAUCAAUAUCAGCCUAUCAACCCCAGACACCAAUAUCAGCCUAUCAACCCCACACACGAAUAUCAUCCUAUCAACCCCACACACCAAUAUCAGCCUAUCAACUCCAGACAUCAAUAUCAGCCUAUCAACCCUAGACACCAAUAUCAGCCUAUCAACCCCACACACCAAUAUCAAUAUAUCAACCCCAGACAUUAA